CACAUGCGACGCGACAAAAAAUACACUAGGUGCAAUUUUCACAUGAAUUUAAGUGUGUGCACUGUGCAGCGCGUUUAUUAGAUCAUGCCGUUUUUGGCCAUGAAUACAAUAAUGUUUAGCCUCCAGAGAGUUUCAUUACAUGUGCUAUUCUGACAGUUACACAUACGGGAACGCCUUCAUCCUCAGUCUCUCCUGACCUUAAGCCGGGUGCACCCCUGGUCUAAGCUAGGGGGAUCUUCCAUCUCUUCCGGGGAACUUUUCAUAAGAAGAAAAUCUGGGAGGUACACUAUGCCAAAAAAAGACAAAAAGGGUAAGAAUACACAGAAGCAACCGGAGCCGGCUAGCCUGGGGCCAGUUACACGAGACAAAAGUGGGCUGAUCUGCAUCGCAAUACACGCCAACCCGGGAUCCAAACAGAAUGCCAUUACAGAUGUAUCUGUACAGGCGGUUGGCGUCGCUAUAGCUGCGCCGCCAACCGACGGGGAGGCGAACGCCGAACUUGUGUGGUAUUUAUCUAAAGUGCUGGAGCUGAAGAAGAGUGAGAUCACUUUGGACAAGGGUUCCAGAUCAAGAAUGAAACUGCUCAAAGUGUCAGGAUCAAUAACGCCAGAGGAAGUUCUUGAAAGGCUGAAAAGAGCUGCAGCUGAAUGAGAUGACAGAGGAGGUCCUUGCGGAAUUUCCUGGACUGCUUUCGUGAUGAGGAUGCACGUGAGCUCCACUGCACCAGGGACAUCAGAACUCGACACCAAAGGGUCGUGGAUAGCAGUUAGCCACCAUUCAUUUGGGUAUGGUGGCAUUACAGCUUACAGCUUGCUUCAUUCGGGUGAUUGCGCCUUCACUGCAUAUGCUGACAUCAAUACAUUUAGUUUUCUGAUAUGUAUUGUAUGUUUCCUGCUAUUUCCUUGUUAAGUUACAAAAAAUGUUUUUUUAAAUAUAUAUAAAAAAUAAAAUGUACGUAAACGUAUACAUAUAAUGGUGAAUGUCUUGACUCUUCACCAUGUAUUUAAGUUGACAGCUAAAGCCAAUGUUUACGUCACCUGGGACCUUCCACAUUCUGCACUCAAGGUUGUGGAGCACAUUAGAAUUUUGCAGAAGGCUGGUUACAAUUAUGACUUUUCCAAGCGUUGUAUUUAUGUUGUGAUCCAUUAUUGGUCUUGCCUGAACCUGCUCUGCACUUGAGCGAGUCAGGACGCGUCAUCCCUCCUACAAAUAGUAUUUACUAUUGCAUUUAUAAUAAAGAUUGCCACAGAAGGCAUGUGCACUUUUAGCAGAUACAAUAUUUUAAGUAAUACAGGAGCAGUGCUGUUUUUUUACUUCAGAACAAAGGAGUUUUAUUAAGAGUGCUCUGCUAGUUUUUGUUUGCAACACAGAUACAAGAAGGUGACUUUAUUAAGAUUUGUUCUUGAGAGGAGGACAAAUUACUUUACAGCACACCAACUGUCAUCCACAAUCAAUAACAGAGUACUGGACAAUUUUAUCUUCAAAGAUCACAGGCUUUAAUAUAGGCUGUAGGUUGUGGUUUUUACAUUGUUAUGUUCCUCAGACUGAGUAUGUUCAGGAAGAGAUGGGGAAUCUUGUCUGUAUUCCCUCCUGAAAUAUUCAGAAAUUAAGAGUUUAUUGAAGUGUGUGAGCUGGCCUUUCUUCUCGGUACUGGAGUCUGUUUUAUGGCUCCCAUUAAAGGGCCAAAUCCUAUAGUUAACAUUGUAAAAAAUGUUCUUGUAUUCAUAAACUGAACAUAAUUAUAAACUGAAAAUAUUCAUUCUUGCAGACUAUUUUUAAUUAGCAUUCAGGUACAUGAAAGUGCUGCUUGCUUUACUGAACAUACUGUCAUUUUAAUGUCACACUGUAGUAAAGGUAAAUACACGAGGAAAAUGUUGGCCCAUAAGGAGGAGGUUGUUCCUGUUAUCUGGGGCCCAAAUCAUUAACAGAAAAACUCACAGUGCAAUUAUCUUGUAGAGGUUAAUACAUUUAUCAGUGUGACUGCUCAAAUAGGCAUGCACUAUAGCAUCAGCUAAUACUAUCAAACACAUAAAAAUAUUUUAACACAUUAAUAUUGAACACAAGUUGUUUCAAGAGUUAUAUAUGAAUUUGAAUAAUUUGUUUCUUUAUGUGCAGGAUAGUUCUUGAUUGGAGAGGUCUGAACUCUGUUUCCAUAAUGUUGCACUAGGGGACACCAGAGAGGUUCUGACUGCUGGGUUGGGUAUAUGUACAGACAGGUAACCGUCCUAUAAUGGUGUCUGUGUAUACAUGGGACUGGCAUGAGGGAGGAGUUCCCAAACUCAGACCAAUGGAGUAGUCCCAAACAACUCUCAUCUUAACUCCAUCUCAUCUGAACAGCAAACCCUUAGCAAGCAUGAGGGUGUGGGACGUGAAGCACAAACAUGCCCUGAUUAAAAUAAUUGAUCAUAAUGCAUUCUUUUAUAAUGACAUCGUCAUUAACGUGACUUAUUAAUCAAGCUUAAUUCAGCAACAUCCUGUUUUCUGUUGAGAGAAUCCAUAGCUUGUAAGCAGAGAGAGCAGAGCUAAUGCUGCUGUGUGCAUGCAAUGACAGGACUGCUUGACCUUUUGGCCCCAAUCAGUUUAUGCCCCAGAAGAUCACAUAUUCGUUCUGAGAAAUAGCGAAAGAACAUUAGAGGUGAGGCCAGUGAACAGACAACAAGCACAGUAAUCGUUUCUGUCUGGCAUAUACAUAUACCACUCUUCAUUUCCAAUCUCUCCAGCGGGUCACACAUUGAGAGUACGUGAGCAUAAAGCUGAAAAUGGUCUGAGAAGAGGCCCAGAGCAGAGAUUAGCGUAACGGGUUUCUGCAGCGAUGCGGUGAGGUGUUUGGAAACCUGGCAGGAGGGUGGGAUGAGGGGAGGUGAUCACGUGGAGAGUCAGGGACGUUUGUUGAGUUCACAGAGAGGGUAACGUUCACACACUCCUCACUAAAACUAGCUUUGGGCUGCUGAAGACGUCUUUGUUCCUAAGUCACAGAUGAAGUCUUGUGUUGUGCGUUUCUACACACACACACACACACACACACACACACACACACACACACAGGAGGUGACUGCAAGGGGAGUAAAACCUGAUUUGUGAGUUAGGUUACCAUGAUUCUCAGAAUUCUGCCGUUUCACUUUUCAACCUGAUUGGCUUAUUCUGUUCCCCUGUAUGUGUGUUCUUGUACACCUAAUCUUGUUAAAUGUUUAGUAACAAGGCUAAUUUUAAAUAAAUAAAUAAAUAAAUAAAAUAAAAUAAAGUUUUUGUGCUCAA